AUGGUUGGAGGAAAUAAGCCUUUUAAAUACUUUAGGAUGUCCCAAAUAUCUAAGAUGGACUGGAUUAGAGAUGGUGACCAUAAAACAAUUAUCUUUCAUUAUAGCAUCAGGUAUAGGAAUAACAUCAGUAGAAUUAGCGCCAUUAACAAUAGUGGAGGAGAUUGGUUAACUGAUCCUGGAGAAGUCAUUAAGGAGUUCACCAUGUACUAUGAAGAUCUACUUGGUACCCCUAUAGAAAACAAAUUGAAAGCCUUAUCCCUGGCAAGAAGGCCCCUGGCCCUGAUGGUUAUAGUAGCUACUUUCUGCAGGACAAUUGAGAGAUUAUUGGUGCAGAUGGAGAAAGAAUUAGCUGCUGUUAAGAUAAAUGCAGCAGAUGUUGAUAUAAUUGCAAACGAACUAGAGUUGGACAAAAAGGUGGCUGAAAGAACCUUGCGUUGCUGCCAUUCGUCAUUUGAUUCACUAGUAUGGUGGAAACAAAUAAGGGAAUGUGAUCUAUAUUGUCAAUGA